AUGGAUAACUCCCACUAUGCCUUGACCCCUUUGCAGCUCCAAAGCUUCAAAGAAAAUGGAUAUCUUCUGGUCCGCGGGUUCUUCUCCGACCCCGAAGCCAAAAGCCUCCAGCAAUGGUCACAGGAAGUGCAUGGCUUGCCCCGAACCCCCGAUGUCCCAUGGAUGCCAUAUGAAGAGGUAAACGGGAAAGGCGACCGUGUGCUGUGUCGCACAGAGAACUUUGCAAACUCUCACAGUGGCUUCGAUAGCUUCCUGCGCGGUGAACGGGCGAUCAGCAUGUUGCAACAGCUGGCCAGUGAGGAGAUGCUUCUUUUCAAGGAGAAAAUCAACUACAAGCUUGCUGGCAGCGGUGGCUUUGAUCCUCACAUCGAUGCCAACGCCUACACCCACGUCAAGAACAUCAAGCACCUCACUAUUCUGGCUGCCGUGGACGAGAUGACAUCUGCAAAUGGAGGCUUGGAAGUUGUAAGCGGCAGUCACCAGAUGCAGGUUCCACUAGGUGCGGAUCGCUGCAUUGAACCCGCAUGGGUAGAGAACCACACUUGGACUUCGUGUGACCUGCAGCCUGGUGACAUCCUAGUAUUCGGCUCCUACUUGGCCCACCGCAGUGGUGCCAAUACCAGUACCAAGGAUCGACGGGCGAUCUACGCGACCUACAACUGCGCUGCAGAGGGGAACCUCCACGAUCAGUACUACACUGAUCGACGGAAUCUGUGGCCUGCAACACACAUGCGGAAGGAGGGUGAAUCGUACGAAGAGGGACGUGUGCGCUAUGCCUUUGGAUCGCCGAUGUUGACAGUGGAUUCGAAUGCCGUUUCGGCUGCAUGA